GACGGUUUUCUCGGGCAGCAAGUGGUGGAAGCGAAAUCCUAUCGUUUGAAAGAAAUGGCACCAUCACCCACAAAGCGGAAGGAGGAGGAAAAAACAAAAGACAGAGGCAAAGAAAAAAGUGGUACAAAGGAAGGGGACAAGGAGAGAGGACGGGAGAAAGUAAGGAAACGCCGCAGUGCUUCCACUGGCAGCAGCAGCAGCAGAUCCAGAUCUAGCUCUACUUCAAGCAGCAGCUCUGGUUCCAGCUCGGGGUCCUCAAGUGGAUCCAGUUCAUCUGGUUCCAGUCGAUCUGGUUCCUCUAGCUCUCGUUCCUCGUCCUCUUCCAGCUCCUCGGGCUCCCCGAGCCCUAGCCGCAGACGCCAUGACAACCGUCGCCGCUCCCGCUCUGCGUCCAAAACGCAGAAGAGGGGAGAUGAUAAGGAACGAAGGAAAAGAAGCCCAAGCCCCAAACCAACCAAAGUCCACCUGGGGCGGCUGACCAGGAAUGUCACCAAGGACCACAUCCAGGAGAUCUUUUCCACUUAUGGGAAAAUAAAAAUGGUUGAAAUGCCAAUGGACAGGCUUCACCCACACCUAUCCAGGGGCUAUGCUUAUGUGGAGUUUGAGACUCCUGAGGAGGCCCAGAAGGCCCUGAAACACAUGGACGGAGGUCAGAUUGACGGACAGGAAAUCUCUGCAUCUGCCGUGCUGACUCAGCGAGUCCGUCCUCCACCUCGUAGACCCUCUCCCCCUCGCAGAAUGCCCCCACCACCGCCUAUGUGGCGUCGCAGCCCACCACGCAUGAGGAGAAGGUCCCGCUCUCCGAGGAGACGGUCCCCAGCACGCCGCCGUUCUCGCUCCAGAUCUCCUGGUCGCAGGCGUCACCGCUCUCGUUCCAGCUCUAACUCCUCCAGAUAGAUGGGUUUCCAGCCUCCGGAUACCAAGUGAUCACUUAGAUUCUCUGACCCCAGAUCACCUGGAGUACGUGCUCUGACAGACCAUUUGGACUCACUAGAAAUAAAAUCAUCCAAUUUGUAGCCAAUCUAAAACAUCUGCCUGCAUGUAGGAAGAGGACAUGUUUUUGUUUUGUUUUUUGUGCAAGUGUGAGUUUCUUUUUAUAUUUUGAGUUAAUCCUGAAAAUCUAGCUCAGUGGUCUUAGUCUGGGCUCCAUUGAGAUCUACCAAUAUUUCUUUUAAAGUGUGUCUUCUUUUUACCAUGUACUGACUUUUUAGACAUUUUGACAAAUAAAAGUGCUGAAACAAAA